AUGGCCUACCGCCUCGUGACCCAAGUCCUCUUCGUCGGCACCCGCAUCGUCGGCCGCUCCUUCGCCGCGGCCUACAAGCAGGCGCAGGCCUCGUCCGAGUACGCGCGCGCGCAGGCCAAGAACGGCAACGGCGGCGGCGUGGCGGCCAAGGCGAGCGGCGCGGGCGGCAUGACGCUCGACGAGGCGUGCAAGAUCCUCAACGUCGACGCGCCCAAGGAGGGCGCGAACAACGCGGGCGAGGUCAUGGAGCGCUUCAAGCGGCUGUUCGACGCCAACGACCCGAAGAAGGGCGGCAGCUUCUACCUGCAGAGCAAGAUCCUGCGCGCGCGGGAGAGGCUGGAGAGCGAGAUUGGGCCGCUGGUGGAGAAGGAGGAGGCCGAGGCCGAGGUGAAGGAGGGGUUUAAGCCCAAGAUUUACAAGGACCGGUGA